GCCAGCAGUUGUGGCAACUGGUACCACUUCCAGUUCCCGACCCGCAAGAGGCGUACGCGUCAAAAUAUCUGACUCGCAGACGUUUUAGGUGAAACUAUUGGCUGUUGAUCGUGGCGUCGUGGUCCAGUCUAUUCCUUGUGAAUUUGAUAAUCUUCGGUUUGACACGAUCGGCGAAGAACGUCAGUGUUUUGGUGAUUCUUGUGGGCUCGGAUCACGGCAGCUUGGCAGCGUAAGGUCCCACCCACCCCGGCGGGCCCGUGUUUUCGGCGUUAGGUCACAAGCCCAAAAGUGUCCACUCAUCUGAACAUACGGACUACAACAAGGGACAUGCCCCCUCAACUCCUGGAACACACCACAAGUCCGCUGUUACCGGAGGACGGUAGAAUGUCGCCCUCCGAAAGAGUGGUAAAAUGCGUACUUGUCGGAGACGGGGCGGUGGGCAAAACAAGCAUGGUCGUCAGCUAUACCACGAACGGCUACCCUACUGAGUACGUGCCUACGGCAUUCGACAACUACUCAGUGGUGGUAACAGUGGACGAGAAGCCUGUGAGACUACAGCUCUGUGACACAGCGGGACAGGAUGAGUUUGAUAAUCUACGGCCACUCUGCUACCCACAGACCGACGUGUUCUUCGUGUGCUUCAGUGUAGUCUGCCCAACCUCCUUCAACAACCUGGUAGAGAAGUGGGUACCAGAAGUUCGGAGACAUUGCCCCAAGACCCCCAUCAUUCUAGUGGGGACACAGUCGGACUUGAGAGAAAGUGUGAAUGUUUUGAUUGACUUGGCAAGAUAUGGGGAGAAGCCAGUAAGCGAAUCAGAAGCUCGGUUGCGGGCACAUGAAGUAGGUGCCAUGGCAUACAUGGAGUGCUCCUCACUGACUCAGAAAAACUUGAAGGAGGCAUUUGACUCUGCAAUCAUCAGUGGAAUUGAGUACCAGGACAGCAGGAAAGGAAAGAAGUGCAAGGACAAGCCGUACAAGCCUAAGCCUGUCAAGCCUGUGAAGCAGCCCAACAAGGCCAAACCAAAACCCAACAGGAGUUCAUUGGCAACGGAAAAGGCAAAGGAGGGCUGGAAAAAGUUUUGCUGCUUUCUAGCAUCAUAGUGACACUAAUGAAAUCAGGAACUUUCCCAAGGACUUGUAUGGGAAAAGUUUAUAUAUGCUGCAACAAGAACAAGUUCCUCACAGGUAAACAGAAGUUCAGAAGUCUUGAUGCCUGUUUCUUACUCAAGGAACACUAGUAUGCAACUGAACAGUUGUCAUGGUUACCAACCUGUUUGCUGAAUGUCUAAAGGUGGAACAAAGUUGUACAUAAUAUUUUGCUAUUUAUCAUGUAAUAUAAUGGAAUUCAACACAAGGGGCAAUUGUAGUUUGCUUAUUGAAACUAACGUAUUUGGAGAGCUAGCUGUGUUACAAUUGUUGCAUCUUGCCUAAAUCUGCUCAGUUUUCUUUCAUAUGUACAUGUGUAUGUCAUGAUAGCAUUUCCACUUUUACUGGCCAUUUUUGUCUCAUGAGUUUUGUGCACCGGAGUCAUAAACAAGGACACAUAAGCUGUUGUAUAUUGACCUUUUAUUCCUUCAGCUCCAGACAUUUCAGAGGCAUCAGUGCCCAGCAAUGUUGUUUUCAGAAAGUCAGCUACUGUUCAACACAAAGUUUAUUCCUUCCACUGGUUAGUCUCCCUGCAGAGCUUGUGUUGACUCCUUUUGAACAGAAUGCAGUCAAUAGUUUCAUUGUCAGAUUUUUUCCAUGCUGAGCAAAAGUGUAAAUAUACUUGUUACAUACUGGAUUUUCUCAUGACAGUCAUGGAAAAAUUGGCAAGACUGGUACAGAAGCAUGUGAUGCUGAAAGUUUAAAGCACAUUCCUGUGUCAAAAAUGUUGCAUCGGAACAUGAAAUAAACAAGAAUGAUGUCUAAGACAGAA